UAUGUUUGAGAUUUGGCGAAAGCGAGAAAGAGAGUUCUAGUGCAGUCUAAUGCAGGAAUAAAAACAAACCUUGUUAGCCAGUAAGUAACCUGCUGGCCUAUUACCUAUAAUAUCUAUAUGUCUGGAUAUGCCUAUCUGAUGUGAGGUGUCCCUACUGUUCCUUCGUUCCGGUGCAACAUGAUGGCGGUUGUAGUUUGGGGAGUGUUGAUGUGAGGAAUUAGGAAAGGCUUCCUUUUCGCCGACGUUAUCGUGACGUUCCAUACAACGACGACAACGACAGGUGGACGACGAUUUACACGACAAGUAUGCCAUUUAAUUCCGAGCGCGACCAGAGCGGAGAGCGUGAGUGACAGCCGAACAGUGUUAAGGGAACGGUAACGUCACGCGGUCCAUAACACUACGAGGUAGUCUGCACAGUGCCACAUACGAGAAGAUCCUCGUGAGGUCCACCGCUGUGUCGCAAAUGAUGUUGUCGAUUGAUUUUUUAAUGACGGGUGAUCGGCAAACUCACGGCGAUGUUGCGCGAGUCGCCAGUGUCGUUCCGUUAAUGAGAUACAUGUUUCUGCUGCUGAGCCUUUUCGCGCUCCUCCAGUUGACACUGCCGGCGGCUGCUGGCGAUUCCUUGGGUGAUCCAUACAAGAUAUUAGGCGUGUCGAAGCAUGCGACGUUGCAGGACAUUCGAAAGGCAUAUAAGCAUCUCGUCAAGGAAUGGCAUCCGGAUAAAACUGAUCAUCCGAUGGCCGAGGAUAAAUUUGUAGAAAUAACAAAAGCUUAUGAGCUUUUGACAGAUCCAGAGAGAAGAAGAAAGUUUGAUAAUCAUGGAAUUACAGAGGAAGGUAUACCCAGGCAAAGGAGAGACAAUAGUCACUUCAAUGUUCUUGAUCCAUUGGAAGAAUUGUUUACCGGUAAUUUUAAAUUUCACUAUCAAAGCAGAGACAUCACAUUGUUCCAUAAAAUGAGCAUCACAUAUCGAUCGUUCGAGAAUGUAAUAGUGCCCAAGACUUACCGUAUGCCAUAUUUAAUCUUAUUUUACUCCGACUGGUGCUACAUGUGUCUGCAAGCGGAGCCUACUUGGAGACGAUUAAUCGAUGAGUUGGAACCUCUGGGACUUGGUUUGGCUACACUCUCUUCGUGUCUCGUUGUUAUCGUAGACGGACGCACUAGUGUCUACAAGGAAUCUGUGUUUGGCAUUCAAAAAGUUGUUGAAUUUGUACGAAGUAGGCUACCAUAUAAAUUAAUAAGUACUAUUAAUAAUAACAACGUAGAAAAUUUCCUAUCGGGCUGGACGGAUAACCGAAUACGCGCUUUGAUAUUUGAGAAAAGAAACUUUAUUCGCUUGCGAUAUUUGCUUACGUCCUUUUACUAUAGAGAUCGAGUAGCUUUUGGCUUUGUUCAGAUUAGCGUACCAGAAACUAAGAACAUAACGUCAAAAUACAAAAUCUCAGGCGAAUUAGAUACUUUACUGCUUUUUAACGAGAAUUCUGAGAAACCUAUGGCGUCUGUUAGUAUGAAAGAUAUUUCCAGUGAAACCAUGCAUAAUGUUAUCGCUAAUAAUAAGUUUCUCUUAUUACCGAGACUUUCAAAUCAAGCUAUGUUAGAUUCAAUAUGUCCGCCUGAAUGGCUGAGGCCGCAAAAGCGAUUGUGCGCUGUUUUGAUAUCGCAGCAGAAUAAUCCUCUGCACGACAUAGCUAGGCACAAGUUUAGACAAGCGGCAUUAGAAUCAUCUUACAGCACGGAACGUGUCAGAUAUGCAUAUGUAUUCAAAGAUACGCAACCUGAGUUUGUAUCAGCACUGUCAGCCGGUGAAGGCAGUCCACUGGAACCCUUAUUACAUAUCGUCAUCAUAUGGAGACGAGAUGCUAAUCACUUGAAGUAUGAAUGGUUUCCUCAUGGAUGGCUUGAGACCAUUCAGAAUGAACGUAUAUGGAAUGAGACGCGUAGACAUUUAGAGAAAACUAUACAAAGGCUGUUACGUACCACCGAAGCUUUACCAUAUUCUGCUGUUGUAGGAGAAUUGGCAGAUGAACAUGCACAGGGCACUGUAGACAGAUUGAUAGGAAGGGCAUUAUUAGCGGUAGAUUAUAUAUCAGAUAAUCUGACGAAAGAGCAAAUAUUGCCUUUGAUAUCGGUGCUGAUUACUCUCAUGCUAAUAGGAGUUGCAGGAUAUGGAAUGUCAUACUUAGUUAAACUAGAAGAAGCAAGUGUACAGUCUGAACAUGUUCAGUGCAAAGACAAUAUCAAGUCGCUUCCAUCGCAGCCGCAAUUACGAUUACACGAAUUACGCGUGGAGAAAUACUAUGGAUUAGUUCGGCUUUUGAAACCAGGAUGCCGAACCAUCGUUCUGCUAGUUGAUGCACAAAGCCGAUUAAAGUUAUUACCAGCUUUUCAUAAAGCUGUGUGGCCUUAUAGAAAGAAUAAAACGCUUAUGUUCGCACAUCUAUCAUUAGAAAGGGGUCUUGAUUGGUACAAGAAACUGUUAUCUCUUGUUUUAUCCGACCAGAAAGAAUUAAACAUAAAUAUCAAAAACUGCGUUGGCACAGUCUUGUCCUUAAAUGGACAUCGAAAGUAUUUCUGCAUGUACCAUGCCAAACAUCCAGAAUGUACUAAAGGUAAAAGUUCUAAGCGUAUGGAAAAAAUGACCAAGCAACUUGCCAAAAAAUCGGAGGAUCCGGAAACAGGCGCUUUUAUCGGUUUUGACAGUUCCAACGAAUCCGAUCAAGACGAGGGUGGAAACAUGUUAUAUCAAGAUCUUUUAGAUGGAUUACCGAUGUGGCUCGAGAGAUUGUUCGAAGGAUUAACGCAACGUUAUUAUAUAAAUUAUUGGCCCGAGUUCACUGCCAAGUAAAAGGAAGAAAACAAAUAAGUUUUUUCUAGAUGUGUAGAGGAGACUAUGACGCCUAGGGACAUGUAUCUUGACACAUGACACUUAUCUUCCUAACACUGAAAGAGUCUUUAAAUUUGACUGCUUGAUAAUAUCGCUUCAGUCGUUACGUGUUUACAAUCUGACUAAGUACAUGUCCUGUACUCAUUUAAUUUUCAUCCUUAAAGAUCGAGACUAAAUAUUUCGUUGUUGUUAUAAUGCAGUCUGAAAACUUAGAAAACCAUAUUGAAUUACAUAGAUAUGAGAUAGCAAUUGAAGACGUUUUAAAGUUUGGAUAUUUAAUAAAAGAGGCUGCAACAGCUUAUGGACUUGAUGAAGAUUAUUUAUCUCUGUUUUUACAUACAAUCCUUACGAAGGGAAAAGUAAUUAAAGGGGAAAAUAAAAAUUUAUCAUUUCUCGAUGAACAAGUAUUUCUGCUAUAUAUAAAAAUAUAUCCUCAAGGACACUGUGUUUGCAUAGCAUGCUUUGAAGAAUAUUUUCCAUAUCUAAUCUAUAAAUUUGUAAAAAAAAAUAAAAUAAAUUAUCCAUACUAUUGGAAUGUAUAUGGGAAGGCAGAUAUAGUUACAAAAAGAGAUUUUCUAAAGAGAAACGAAUAUGAAAUUUCAAGAUUAUUUUCGAAAGAUUGUAUAAGAUUAUCUCCGAAUAAUCUACUUAACAAAUCUUUGUACCUUGAUAAUGAUGUUCACGAAUGCCCACAAAAUUUUUAAGCUCAUGCAAAAUUGGAACAAUCACAAAUAGGUAGCAUCUAGUCAAGAAUGUCUUCUAAAUGCAAACAUUAUUAUUAAGAACCCUAUGAAUAUAAAUUUCAGACAAAAAUGAAUGAUGAUUAAAAA